GUUGGUUCUCUGCCGGCGUGAAUAGUGGUAUGUGUUUGCCGUGAUGUCCUGAGCGACAAGCUUCCUAUUCGUUAGACUACGUGGAUGGAGUCAUGGUACCAGUAUUGCUGUAAAGAUGGAAAAGGCAUGGAAUCAUCCGUCCAACCGUAUGGCUACAAUUGUAGCCGUAAUGAUUGCCACCCAGCGCGUCGAUGCGACCUGCUACGCUACUCCAUGGUCCAUGGUCCACCUUGCGGCAUAUCUAUGACAACGCCGUCCAUGUCCUACUCACCUGUCACCGGUCACAUGGGAGCCGGGGUGCUGGAAGGAUUCCAGCUCUUCCUCAAGUACGACUACAUCAAGGGCAUCUUCGCCAUGUCCUGCCUCUUCAUGGUGGAAGUGACCAUCCUCGACUACACGAUGAAGAAGCUGGCGAACGAUGAGUUCGCCGCCCUCUACCCUGGCGACCAGGAGAGCGCGACCCGCGCCUUUGUCGCCUUCACCGGCAUGUUCGGACAGGUGGUGUUCUUAGCGUUGAUCUUGCUCAAGGGCUUCUCGUACAGCCUCAACAACCCCUGCAAGGAAAUUCUAUACCAACCCACCAACUCCGCUGUCAAGUUCAAGAGCAAGGCCGCCUCCCAAUCCACCAUCCACAUUACUGUGCCUGUCGUAGACCACGGUCUGCUCAGGAAGUUUGACCACCUCAUGGAGACUGGGGAGGUCAUCGGCGGGGAUGGCGAGGUGAGAAGAUAGGAAUCGAUGGGUGUAGACUCGUUGUGUUGGACAAGAAUUUGGCGACUGACCCUGCCACGCUUCACUCGCUCACCCUCUUGGAGACAAGAAACCAUGCGUGUUCGUCUUGUGCACGUCAUUUGAAGAAAAAACAUGGUUGUGCUGGCAACACCCGGUGUAGGAUGGGAGACGUUCCAGCUUUUUCCACGCACCCGAAGCGCCAAACGUUAGGCAGGGCGUCUGUAGAAGUAACAGCGGGGGAACGUAGCGUGUGUGUUCCGUGUCGUCACGCAGCCUCUUGUUUACUUGUUACCUCUGGUGAAGAAGAGAUGAUUGCUUUUUUUUUCCCCUAUGCAUGCCACUUCCUGCCACACCUUGCGUCGCUCCCUUGGCGUCAGAGCACGGAGCCAACAUUGGA